UCUUUAUUCGGGCUGGGGCUGUGGUAUAAGCCAAACCAUGGUUUCCUCUUCAGUCUCAGCUCUCUUCCGCACCCAUCCUUCCUUUCAUAUUUCACAUACCAAUUUAGAUGUCUUUAAAAGACCUACCACAGUAGUAGUUUGUUCUAGUUCUUCUCCGGCGCCGACGUCUCCCCGCCAUGUUCUUCUCCAAACCUCUCUUUCUUUGGCUGCUUCAGCUGCCAUUCUUCUCGGCUCAAAUCCAGCCAGUGCUGGAUUUCUAUCAGGAUCGACUGGAAUUGAAUCAGUUCCAGGUCCUGAGUUGCCUCAAAUCGACUUCCUCAAACGCUUCAACGAAGAAAACCAGAAAAAGUAUGCAGAAAAUGAUGCAAGAUUCGGAUCAACUCCAAUACUGAAGGAGCUACUAGAAAAAUCCAAGCUCAACAAAGAAAAGAAUAGUAAAGAAAUUCAAGACAAGUACUGCAUACGGGGGGCAGAGUGGGGAGUUGGAGAUUGCUCGGCAGAGGGAAUGACACCUGAUGAGAAAGACAAGUUCAUCGCAAUGUUGAAGGAGAAAGCUGGCGUCAAGGAUUGAUAUCCACCGACUUAUGCUUUGUGUAAACCCUAAUUUCCAAGUAAUGGUAGAGAUCAAACUUGUAGGAGCUUCUCAUUCGAAGACAUGGAUACGUAUGUAAUAUGAGUAGACGAUCACGACCACUACGAGUAUAUAACGAUCCAAUUGAUGCGUAAAUUGAUACAAUAUUUAGUCUA